GAAACCGGAACCGUUUUCACUUUCGGUCACGUGACAUCCGGCGCUUUUGCUCCACGCAGCGUUCUUGCACGAAUGUCGUCAACAGCUGUUUUUUUCGCUUCGUACCUGUGAUUUCGGAAAACUCAAGCUUCAGGGGCCCCACAACUCCGGCAAGAUGGUUCUAGCCGACUUGGGACGCAAGAUCACCAAUGCUCUACGGUCGCUCAGCAAUGCGACCAUCAUCAACAAGGAGGUGCUUGACUCUAUGCUAAAGGAGAUAUGUACUGCUCUCUUAGAAGCCGACAUCAACAUUAAACUGGUCAAGCAACUACGAGAAAAUGUCAGAUCCGCGAUUGACAUUGAUGAAAUGGGGGCGGGGCUCAACAAGAGGCGCAUGAUCCAGUCUGCCGUGUUCAAGGAGCUCAUCAAGCUCGUUGAUCCUGGCGUGAAGGCAUGGCAGCCAACCAAGGGCAAGAACAACAUCAUAAUGUUUGUGGGUCUUCAGGGGAGCGGAAAGACCACGACUUGCACCAAGCUAGCUUACCACUACCUCAAGAAAGGCUGGAAGACGUGCCUGGUCUGUGCAGAUACCUUCAGGGCUGGUGCCUUUGACCAGCUUAAGCAGAACGCCACCAAGGCUAGGAUCCCCUUCUACGGAAGCUACACGGAGGUCGACCCCGUGGUGAUAGCCCAGGAAGGCGUGGACAAGUUCAAGAGCGAGGGCUUCGAGAUCAUUGUGGUGGACACGAGCGGGAGGCAUAAGCAGGAGGACUCGCUCUUCGAGGAGAUGUUGCAGGUCUCCAACGCCACCAAUCCAGACAACAUCAUAUUCGUCAUGGACGCUUCCAUCGGACAGGCUUGCGAAUCUCAAGCACGUGCCUUCAAGGAGAAAGUGGACGUCGGGGCCGUGAUUGUUACGAAGUUGGACGGUCAUGCCAAGGGUGGUGGAGCCCUCAGCGCGGUGGCAGCCACACACAGUCCAAUCAUUUUCAUAGGUACCGGCGAACACAUAGACGACUUUGAGCCUUUCAAGGUGAAGCCCUUCAUCAGCAAACUGCUAGGCAUGGGGGACAUUGAGGGCCUCAUCGACAAGGUGAACGAGCUGAAGCUGGACGACAACGAGGAGCUGAUCGAGAAGCUGAAGCACGGGGAGUUCACGCUGCGCGACAUGUACGAGCAGUUCCAGAACAUCAUGAAGAUGGGUCCCUUCAGCCAGAUCAUGGGCAUGAUUCCAGGCUUCAGCAGCGACUUCAUGACCAAGGGCAACGAGCAGGAGUCUAUGGGCAGGCUAAAGAAGCUCAUGACCAUCAUGGACAGCAUGAAUGACCAGGAGCUGGACCACCGGGAGGGCGCCAAGCUGUUCUCGCGCCAGACGGGGCGGGUGACGAGGGUGGCCCGGGGUGCCGGGGUGACCACCAGGGAGGUGCAGGAGCUGCUGGCGCAGUACACCAAGUUUGCCGCCAUGGUCAAGAAGAUGGGCGGCAUCAAGGGACUCUUCAAGGGGGGUGACAUGGCGAAGAAUGUGAACCCGGCACAGAUGAACAAGUUGAACCAGCAGAUGGCGAAGAUGAUGGACCCUCGGGUCCUUCACCAAAUGGGUGGCUUUUCGGGACUGCAGAACAUGAUGCGCCAGCUUCAGGGAGCGGCCAGUGGGAACCCCAACCACCUCAUGAACAUGGGCAAAUGAAGUUAAGACUUUGAAGGAGCAAGAAGUCGUCUGCUCUCCUCUUCUAUGCCUCCACAAAGAAGAAGCCACCAUUACACCCAGAAAUGCACUCCCAUCUCUGCAUUUACUAGGUCUCUGUGAACAUUGUUGGAACAGCGACACUGUGCUUCAAUCUUGUGCAAGGUCCCGAAAAUGACACAUAAGAGUCCACAAGGCUCGCUAACUGCCGUUGGCAUCCUUUUUUUUUUAAAUAAUUGUUUUAUAAAUAAAAGUGGUUGCAGCGAUGGUUUGCAAGCUCGUGGGAAGAGA